ACGGUGGUCAGCUGAUUUAGAGGAGUGGGAGCAGCAGAAUUAGCUGGUGUGUGACCCAUUAAUAUCUCGGAGAAAAAAAGGGACGUGAACCUAGGUGUGUGACAGAAGACUCCGGUGGGGUUCGUUUUCACCAUGGCCAGUUUGGACUAAGGAACAGCAACGAUGAUCGGAGGACUGUUCAUUUACAACCACAAAGGGGAGGUGCUUAUCUCCCGAGUUUAUCGCGAUGAUAUAGGGCGCAACGCGGUGGACGCAUUCCGUGUGAAUGUGAUCCAUGCCCGGCAGCAGGUGCGCUCUCCAGUGUCCAACAUUGCACGUACCAGCUUCUUCCAUGUCAAGCGCUCCAACAUCUGGCUGGCGGUGGUCACCAAGCAGAAUGUCAACGCCGCCAUGGUGUUUGAGUUCCUCUACAAGAUGUGUGAUGUCAUGGCUUCCUACUUUGGCAAGAUCAGCGAAGAGAACAUCAAGAACAACUUUGUGCUGAUCUACGAGCUGCUCGACGAGAUCCUGGACUUUGGGUAUCCCCAGAACUCUGAGACAGGAGCACUGAAGACCUUCAUCACUCAGCAGGGCAUCAAGGGCCAGCAUCAGACAAAGGAAGAGCAGUCUCAGAUCACUAGUCAGGUGACGGGGCAGAUUGGUUGGCGUCGCGAAGGCAUCAAGUAUCGACGCAAUGAGCUCUUCUUGGAUGUGCUGGAGAGUGUCAACCUGCUCAUGUCGCCUCAAGGUCAGGUCCUGAGCGCCCAUGUGUCCGGCCGUGUGGUAAUGAAGAGCUACCUGAGCGGAAUGCCAGAGUGCAAAUUUGGCAUGAAUGACAAAAUUGUAAUUGAUAAGGCGGGUAAAGGCGGGGUCACUGAUGAGGCGGGAAAGAGUGAUUUAGGGGGAGGAGGAAGUACCAGUGGUAAGCAGUCCAUAGCCAUUGACGACUGUACGUUCAACCAGUGUGUGCGUCUCAGUAAGUUUGACUCGGAGCGCAGCAUCAGCUUCAUCCCCCCGGAUGGAGAGUAUGAGCUCAUGAGGUACCGCACCACUAAAGACAUCAUCCUACCUUUUCGAGUCAUUCCGCUGGUCCGGGAGGUGGGCCGCACCAAGCUGGAGGUCAAAGUGGUCAUCAAGUCCAACUUCAAACCCUCGCUACUGGCCCAGAAAAUUGAGGUGCGCAUUCCCACGCCGCUCAACACCAGCGGUGUCCAGGUGAUCUGCAUGAAGGGCAAGGCCAAGUACAAGGCCAGCGAGAACGCAAUCGUAUGGAAGAUCAAGCGCAUGGCUGGGAUGAAGGAGUCUCAGAUCAGUGCUGAAAUCGAGCUGCUGCCCACCAACGAUAAGAAGAAGUGGGCGCGCCCUCCCAUCUCCAUGAACUUUGAGGUUCCAUUUGCCCCCUCUGGGCUGAAGGUGCGUUACUUGAAGGUGUUUGAGUCCAAGCUGAAUUACAGUGACCAUGAUGUUAUCAAAUGGGUGCGCUACAUUGGCCGAAGUGGCAUCUACGAGACUCGCUGCUAAUGUUAGAGAGUGAGCCUGAGGAGAGGUCUACCAAGCAGUCUCCCUCUACAUAUGUUCUUCUGUCCCUCUCUCUUCUCUCCAUCCCAAUCUCUCCCCUUAUCCUUUACUCAAUGUUGGGGAUGAAUAAAAAUAAAUGGUAUAAAACAGA